CCAGCCUCUUGCUGAUACCGACAGAACGUCCAUCGUGUCCCGGCAGCCAACGUCUCCUAGGUUCCCUCGGUCCCGAAUCAUCAGCGCCAGUGUCAUUUGGAUAAAUUCAUUCAUCUCUGGAUGGAGCCUAGUGGACUAGGCAGAUACGGCGCUUCAAAUCACUAUGCCUGUCAUAUCGUGGUGUAAGUCCAUGCAAGCCUUGCAGAAGUUGCAGUGAGGGCCGAUCAGAUGUGCCUGCCGGCCAAAACAAUCACCUAUGGAUCGCAACCCGCCGUCGUACCACGAUGCCACGAAACGGCCAGACUGGCUCGAGUUCGUGGCUGGCUCUGUGCCAGUCAGGGAAUACGCACGGCUGUGUCUUGUCUCGAAGCGCUUGUACCACCAGUUCGCGCCGCGUCUCUGGAAUGAUCCCCUCACUGUGGCAGCCAUUUUAACUCGGGACAAUGAUAUCGAGUGGUUUUAUCGCUUCAUGGGGCAUAUGACUCGGGUUCGAGAAAGCACUCGUGCCCUCGUCACGUCGCUUGACCUGCGCCCGUUUGUCGUGGGCGCUCCGGAGUUCACUCUGUUUUCCUGGGACAAAACACUGUCUCAGACUCUUCGGAUGCUGCCUUCGACCUUUCCCAAUCUCCGGUGUAUUCUGCUAGAUGGCCAUCCUGAUGUUGAAGCCGAUGGCUUGGCCGCCAUGCUAUGUUCCAGCUCCUUGGUCCUGAGUAUUCCGCAGUGCCAGGCCAAGCUGCCUAGCUGGUUCUUUGUAUCCCCGAAUUUAGAGAGCCUUGUGUAUUUGGAUAUUUCUGCCAUGCCCGGCUCUCUCAGAGUCCCAUUACAUCGACCCGUGUUGAGCCCCAUCAAUCUUCGCAGCCUCCGUAUUCUGAAAGCACGGGGCCGGGAAAUGGAUGACAAAACAGCAUGUCUGCUGUUCAAAACUUUUCAACUUCAGCUGUGGAGCGUUGACCUCGGCUACAACAAGCUCACAGAUGGCGUCUUCGAUGAUAUGCAGCACUUUUCUUUCCCUGCCGUCAGUUCAAGAACUGGCGAUUUUGAGGUUGAGGGCCGGCUUAGGUACCCGCCAGGGGAAAGCAGUGCCUCGUUUGGCAAGUUCUGCUUUGUCGACGAGUCAGACUGGAGCGCUACUUUCAGUCAUCCACAUAGGUACCUUGUCGAUGCUCCUCUUUACACUAGCAACGCGCAGGGUGGUCACGAUGGGACCACCAAUCCUCGCCUAGACGGUCGGGCAAAGAUACGGUCCGACGCGCCAGAUGCAGUCAAGGUGGCGCUCUCUGGCGGUCCGGGUAACCACAGCCCCUUGCCAGAGUACAUUCAUGACUUGGAUAUUUGCCGAGGCCAUCAAGGCAUCACCCAUUUGUAUCUGAGCGGAAACAACAUCUCGGCCGCCGGCUUAGCCAGAAUGAUCAGGUCGUCCGCUGGGCAGCUCCAGCACCUCGAGUGUGACUCCAUCUUCUUUAGGCCACACGAAGCUUCUUGCCCCCCCUGGCUCGCUUCCGGCAAGGCGAAAGUUUCUGGCUUCCUAGGCCUCGCCCAUGUGUUUCGUCCCGUGAUAUCGUCGGAUCUGCAGGUGUUGCGCAUCCACCACUCACUCGUUACGCAGCUCCCGACUCUUGAGGGCAUCGGCCUGUCAAGCAUGGAGGCACUGUGGCUGGCCGAAACAUGCCUGCUUCCGCGGGCGGAGCUGGCAUAUCCCGAGUCAUUCGUUCCAGACAUGAACCCCAGACUCCGGUCUCUGACUUUGACGCAGAUUCCCAGGUAUUCCACGGGUCCACUGAUAGAAAAGCUAAUCCACUUCUUGAAACUUGCCGCCAUACAGGAACAGGCAAUCCGAGACGCCAAAACCGGCAACCGUCGCGGCCCGUCGACCCUGCUAGGGCUGCGACACAUUCGCCUUGAGAUCGAGCCGGACCCCAGAGAGUCGCUGCUCGAAGACGAUGGAUUCGGAGAAGAAGAAAAUGGCCUUGAUACAGAAGCACUCAUGGCCCAGGAAUUCAGCUUCUUCCGGGACUGGACCUCUUCCCCGUCCAAACCGCCUACAUCUGCGGCUAGACCCCCUGCCGCCACGGCACACUCCUACAAGGCAGCCGAGCCCCAGGCUAGAAAUAACCCAGAGUCCGUUUCUACCCGGCCGGAACAACCCGCCCCUGGCGAAUCCCCUGAGACAGGAGAUUCAAAUCCGGAUGACGGUGACAACAGCGAUGACCCCGGUGAAUACAUGACGUGCAUAUGCACCGGCGAAGACAACACCGAAUUCACCGUACCCGUCUGGAUCGGCCCCUCGCCCUCCUCCAAGCAGCACCGCACCCGGCCCGCCGUGAGGGAAUACGCCCGUCUCCUCCGCCACGACCCCGCACUGCAAACCGACCCGCAGCCCGCAUCCCCCAACCAUGUCGCCGCCGGCGUGCCAAGCGGGUCCUACAUCUUUACGCCCGCCUGGGACGCCAUGCUCUUCCCGACUCAUCUCCAGCAGCAGCAGCAGCGGCCUAGGCCCAGCCGCCGGGAUUUGCGCGGGAUGCGUGACGUCGUGUCUGCUAUCAAGGCAUACCGCGCCCAGACAAGGGUGGCGUAUAAUAAAGAUGAUGGCCCUGACAAGGCCGGUCUAGCUGCGCCAUUAACAACAAAAACUAGCGAUGAUGGACAUUGA